AUGAUUACUUCACAACAAUUCACUCAAGCACGCCAAAAUGUCAUGCAAUUCAGUAAGAAAGCCUUCUUCUUUCCAUUCCAAGCUUUCAAAUUUGUGUUUCAUUUGUGGUUUGCAUUGACUCGUUUCUUCAUGUUUGAUCUUCCCAUUGCAACUCUCUCGUGGUUUUAUCAUUUCAUCAUGGGAUCCUUUGUCGUGAGACUCUUUGUCUUGCCUAUCGCCAAAUGGAUUGUUCAUCAUGUUGAAAAACCCAUUCAAGAACAAUUGAGAUCAAGUCCACUUGUGAAAAAAGCCAUUCGUCAAAUUCCAGCAAGUCUCUCUCCCAAUCAAGUGAAGGAAUUGAAACAAGAAAUUGAACAAAAGGAUCAACACAUUCAGACUCUGCUCCAUGAAAAGUCAGAUCUCUCUCGUUUGUUGCAUGACAAGGAACUUGAAUUGAAUGAAAAGUUGCAAAGUAGUAGUAGUAGUAUACAACUCUCUGAAAUGGAAUCGAAAAUUUCAAGUCUCAUGACUCAAUUGGAGAGUUUGAAAUCUGAGAAGGAUAAACUCGUGAAGGAAAAGAAUACGUUGGAACAUACUUCGUUGUCACAACUCCAAAUGAUGAAACAAGUAGAGACCAUGUUGAAUAUUCAGGCGAAUAAGGUGAAGGAACUCGAACUUGUUAAAGAUCAAGUUCGUAAUGAAUAUGAAAAGAUUCUGAAAGAGAAUGAACGUCUUCGAUCUGAACAUGGCCAAAUCGAUAAUCAAAAUAAGAAACAAUUCGAUUCUCUUAAAAAGGAAAAUGACAAGUUGAAACGAGAAUAUGACAAGUUGCAACAACAGAAUGAAAAGUUGGAAUCUCAAAUUUCCAUUCUCAAUGGUCAACUCUCCACUCUGGAUCAGGAAAAUCGAUCGUUGCGUGAAACCAAAUUUCUAAUGGAAAAGGCACAAAAGGAACAAGUUCAACGCGAGGAUGCUUUUCAAAAAUUGAAACAAGAUUUGGAUCUUUCGAAUAACAAGAUUCAUGAACGUGACUCGGCUGUGAAUUCUCUCAAACACAAAGUCAGUGAAAAAGAGAGGGAAGUUGCCUUGUUGAGAGAACAAGUUCGAAUUCUAGAUUCUGAAUUGAAAUCCAAAAGUAAGGAAUCUGAAAUGUACUCUCAACGAAUUGAUCAAUUGCAACAGGUGGAAGAAAUUUCACAUAGUAGUGAAAAUUACUUGCCAACACCAAAUUUGAGAUCGGAAGAAGAGAUGUUAGUGAAUCCACAAAUUGCUGAGAAGGCCAUUGAGGAAAUAGAAGAAGAGAAUGUUCCUUCAGCAUCGUUUGGACUCAUGGAUGUGGGAAUUGAUGAGAAGGCACUCAAAGGUGAAGCCAUUUCCGCCUCUUCUCAGAAGAAAACACAUGAUCAGCAAGAGAAGGCCAUUAGCUCAAGCAUGAAGGAGAAGAAUGAAAGAUAUGAAGGUGACCUUGUUUCUUCACAAAAAGAAGAGAAACCACUGUCUAAAGGUCUUUCUAAGGAGAGUGGUAUUGGUGGUGGCAUUUCACAAGCAGGUUCGAGUGCUCUCAAGGGAAAUAUUGAUCAGGAAGAGGUCUCUGGACCCUCUAAAGCGAAAAUACAAUCCAAGGAUGUUGAUAAGCAAGAAGUUUCUGAUGUCUACUCUUCGAAAUAUGUAGAACCUCAACAGAAGGAUAUUUCAAGUGAGAAGCCAAUAAGUAAGGAGGUGCAGCAAGAAAGUAUUGAAGAAAAACCCAAGCUCUAUCAAGCAGAUGAUAAUUACAUUCCAGAACUGGCUGACAUGUUGGAUAGUGUUGAGAAGGGAGAAAUUGAGAAUGUUCAAUUCCAAUCCAUUGCAUGUAUUCCCAAGUUGAAGGGCUCUCUCGUGAAUUUGAUUUCAGAUCAAAUCGAUGACAUUCUCUCUGUGUUGCAGAAUAGUGAUCAGGUCUCAUUUGUGGACUUUUCAGAUUGUGGUCUAGAUACGGACUUUGCAAAGCGAAUUUUGAAUUCCAUAGCCAUCAAUAAUAGUAUUGAAAUUAUGGACUUGGGAUGUAAUGAAAAAGUGGAGCCUAAUCUGCUUGUGGAUGACUUGAUAAAUUUCUUCUCACAGAAUAAGAAGUGUCAGAAAUUCUUGGCCAAGGAUUGGAAAUUCUCUGAUGAUAACAUUUCCAAGAUUAUCAAUAUCAUCCAUGACAAGAAUAACAGUUUAACAGAAUUCAAGUUUGAUGACAGCAAUGUGAGCCAGGAUCAAAUUCAGUUGUUGAAUGAAUCAACCAAAAGAAAUGUGAGUGCCAUUUAA